UCAGACACACGGCUCCACACACCCAUGUACUUUCUGCUCCGAAAUCUGGCUGUCUUAGACCUCUGUUUCUCCUCUGUCACUGCCCCAAAGAUGCUGGUGGACUUCCUCUCUGAGAAGAAGACCAUCUCCUACCAGGGCUGCAUGGCCCAGAUCUUCUUCUUCCACUUUCUGGGAGGCGCCAUGGUCUUCUUCCUCUCAGUCAUGGCCUAUGACCGCCUUGUUGCCAUCUCCCGACCCCUCCACUAUGUGACCAUCAUGAACACGCAGCUCUGUGUGGGACUUGUGGUGACUAGCUGGAUAGGAGGUUUUGUCCAUUCCAUUUCCCAACUGGCUCUGAUGCUCCCACUGCCUUUCUGUGGCCCUAAUGUCCUGGAUAACUUCUACUGUGAUGUCCCACAAGUGCUGAGACUUGCCUGCACUGACACCUCCCUCCUGGAGUUCCUCAUGAUCUCCAACAGUGGGCUGCUGGAUGUCAUCUGGUUCUUUCUCCUCCUGACCUCCUACUCAGUCAUCCUGGUGAUGCUGAGGUCUCACUCUGGGCAGGCGAGGAGGAAGGCAGCCUCCACUUGCACCACCCACAUCGUCGUGGUGUCCAUGGUUUUCAUCCCAAGCAUUUACCUGUAUGCCCGGCCCCUCACCCCCUUCUCCAUGGACAAGGCUGUGUCCAUCAGCCACACGGUCAUGACCCCCAUGCUCAACCCCAUGAUCUACACCCUGAGGAACCAGGAGGUGCAGGCGGCAGUGAAGAGACUAGGGAGGCACUGGCUGGUUUGUAAACGGGAGUGA